GGGAAGUGGGCGGUUCAGACUUUAUCCGGGUCAGCGGGUAAAUGAAGUCUCCGGAAAAUAUAUCACCCACGUCCAAUAAAUUGAGCUCAUCAAUGCUGAGAGUUUAAGAGGAGUGAAUUAGGAGGCUGCAUUGGCAUAAGUGUUGACGAGGUAUUUUGUGUAGUAGUUUAGCAGUGCUUCCCGUCAUGCAAUUCGCCCUGCUAAAACUCCAUCUAGUUUUGCUAAGUGGAUUUUAGGGAACAGCACUUGGAAGAGCACAGUCACCGGGAAAUUUCCAAGUCAUGCUGGAGACGGGCACGAGCGAAUAAAGCAGUCCCUGUUCUUCUCCUUCCCUUCCUGACUCCUCCCUCGGAAUAUGGUUUUUCUCUUCCUCCUUUACUCGCUCGGUCUGUUUAAACUUCCUUUUUCCCCUCCCACCUCCUUCCUGGGGCCACUGCGGGGGAGGAGAAUGGAAACACCCUUCAUCCCUGAGGAUGUAUUAGGCAGCCUUAGCGGUAGUAACAACAGCAGCUCGCUUUCCCGGGCCGCCGCUUUCCCUCUGCCGCAUUUCCGUUGAAAGGCAGCUUCAGCAGCAUGAUGAAAAAAGACGGUCUCACCAUAAAUCUUAAUCACCAGAUUGUGGCCACCCUAAAAUCUGCGCCCCCUCCGCUUCUUGGGGAUCAAAAUUUGCGAGGUAACGCCAUCUGCUCUACCGCCGAUGGGCUACUCACCUCUCCGGACCUAGGAUUGCUCAAACUGGCCUCGCCGGAGCUGGAGCGGCUCAUCAUCCAGUCCAACGGGCUGGUUACCACAACCCCGACCACCACCCAGUUCCACUACCCCAAAGUGACGGCCACGGAGGAGCAGGAGUUUGCCGAAGGCUUCGUCAAGGCCCUGGAGGACUUACAUAAACAGAACCAGCUAAGUGGAGGGCCUGGGCCGGCCGGAGCCGCGGGGGGCUGUGCUCAGCCGCCGGGCGGGGCCGGCGUUGACCUCAUCCCGGGGCCCCCGACCGCCGCCGCUUCUCUCGCACAACAAGAACCGCCAGUCUACGCCAACCUCAGCAGCUACACGGGCAACGCAGCCGGCGCGCUGGGCAGCACCACGGUGAACUACUCGACCGACACGGUGCCCUACCCGCCCCCGCCCGGCCUGGGCCAGCCCCAGCCUCACCCCCGGCUCCAGGCGCUCAAGGACGAGCCCCAGAUCGUACCCGACGUGCCCAGCUUCGGCGAGAGUCCCCCGCUCUCCCCCAUUGACAUGGACACACAGGAGCGCAUCAAGGCCGAGCGCAAGAGGCUGCGGAACCGCAUCGCCGCCUCCAAAUGCCGCAAAAGGAAGCUGGAGCGGAUCUCGCGGCUGGAGGAAAAGGUCAAGAGCCUCAAGAGCCAGAACACGGAGCUGGCGUCCACCGCCAGCCUUCUCCGGGAGCAGGUGGCGCAGCUCAAACAGAAGGUGCUCAGCCAUGUCAACAGCGGCUGCCAGCUGCUGCCCCAGCACCAGGUACCCGCUUACUGAGGGACCCGGGCGAAGUUUUCCGAGGGAGGCACGAACGCGGAGCACGCCCAGGUUGGCAUCCGCCCACAGACUGAGGCCCCGCUGAUCCGCCAUCUUCUGCCAGCACCUCUCGUUUUGGUUUGGUUUUGUUUUUACCCCCUUUCCCUUGGAGUUUUAGAAAGUUGGAGACGGUUGAUUUUUCCGUGGAAUAAAUCAAUACAUGUUUUUCGGGCAGCAGGCGGGUACCAAGAACAGAGCAGAAAUCCCUCCUACCCUCUCUCAUCUAGGAGGCCUCGAGUUUGGGAAUUAUACCCCAGGGGAGAUUUAGGAGGACUCAAGCAAUGAAGGAAGAUAUGGGAUAUGGGAUGAAGAAUAAGGCGAGGAAUAUGGGCUAGGCAAGCGAGGAAGGAGAAAGAUGGAAGGAAGGAGAACUGAGAGAAUGAGCAAAGGGCUCGCAGCCAAGGAGGGGCAAGGGGCAAGUGAUUGCCGAAAUUGAAGAUUCACUUUUUUAUUCACCCCCACAGCCCAUUUUUCAACUGUUCACACUAGGUGAUCCUAAUGUUGUUUCUACUCCCUCAAAAAUAGGGGUUUUGUUCCCUUGUACAGUCCAACUUCAAGAACUUUUGCAGGUGAAACGUUACAAUAUUAAGGUUUUUUGUCUUAAAUGUUCUAUUUAUGUUAAAACUUGGGAACAUCGGUUAAAAAAAAGCUCCACAUUCCUGUAUGUAAUACUAUACUUAAAUACCUUUCCAUCAAUAAAACAUUAUUGCAUGAACUCUGA